AGAAGAAGAAGAAGGAAAAAAAAAAGAAUAGCUCGCGUUUAUCGUCGAAAUUAGUCAUUUUUCGUUCUUUACUCUGUAUUAUCUUUUUUUGUUGUUGAUAUUAACAAGAUUUAUUUAACUUUCGGUGUAUUGAAAGGACAAUUUUGUCAAGAUGGGGGGUGGCGAUCUGAACUUAAAAAAGAGCUGGCAUCCCCAGACUAUGAAAAACAUUGAGCGCGUUUGGAAGGCUGAACAGAAAUAUGAGGCUGAGCGGAAAAAGAUUGAAGAGCUGCAGAAAGAACUUAAAGAGGAACGAGCCCGAGAAGAAAUGACAAGAUACGCAGAAGAAACCGGUGCUAUCAAAAAGAAAGAUGAUCGCCUCGACUGGAUGUACCAAGGCCCCGGAGGUCAUGUGUCCAGAGAUGAGUAUCUGAUGGGACGUCCCAUUGACAAGCAGGUCACGGACCAAUAUGAAGAGUCUGAGAGCGGUCCGUCAGCUGAGACUGGCCUCCUGCCUGGGUCCAUCUUUAACCCCAUCACCCCUGCCUCCAGUCUCGACCUGGCUGCCAAGAUUAGGGAAGACCCCCUGUUUGAAAUCAGGAAACGUGAGGAAGAAAAAAAGAGGGAAGUCCUGACCAAUCCAGUCAAGAUGAAGAAAAUCAAAGAAAUGCUACGUCAGAACCUUGAAAAGAAAGACAAGAAAAAGAAGAGGAAAAAGGAGAAGAAAGAAAAGAAGGGAGAAAAAGAGAAGAGAAAGGAGAAGAAACAUAAAAGAAGGAGCUCAAGCUCAGAAGAAGAAGACAAGAAAAGGCACAGGUCACAUUCACAAGGGGACUCUUUAGCAGACAGUAAAUCUGACUUCCAUCAUGCACCCGGCUACGGGCUACAGCAUCCUGUUGGGAGAAAACACCAGUCCUCCGCUCUGUCCAGUCAUUCAACACACCGCGAGAGGAGCCGCUCCCGAUCGCCUCACAAGAACAACAGGGAAAACCACUCCUCCCCCACCUCACACAGAACUGACAAGAAAGUUGAGCCCAGAGUUCCAAGUCUGCAGAGAGAGCGCUACCACAGGCAGAAGAAUCACGUGUCCAAGAGGCUUUCUACAGAGGAGCUGGAGCAGAAGAGACAGCAGAUGAUGGCCCAGGCCAAGCAGAGAGAGGAGGACAGAGAGAAUAACGUGAGGAGAUACAAUAGGCAAGACGAGCGUGAAAAACAGCGGGAACAAAGCGGCAAGCUUGAACACCACAAAGGCUUUAUCCAUAACAUGAAGCUGGAGAGUGCAGCUACUUCCUCCUUAGAGGACAGAGUGAAGAGGAAAAUCCACUCUCUUCAGAGGACGCCUGCUUCACUUGACAAUUUCAUGAAGCGAUAGGAUGCAGGACUUUUUUUUUUUUAAAGUUGACAUAAAAUAAAUAUUUG